CAAGACACGAUUAGGACGGGGGACGCGUUUAGAGGGCAAAGAGACACGUCCGAGCCAACACGGCAGCCCAACCAUGGCCGAGACGCUCUCGCCAUGGCUGGUCGCAGGCCUGCUCAAGCUCUCGGAGCGGUACAAGCUAUCGCUGAGCUCGUCUGAGCACAGGCAUCGCCCUGGCGGUGCUGCCGAGGAACACACAAAAGAAGGAGGGAGAGAAGAACCGCGAGACCAAACGAGCAUCGUGUCGGACGUACCGUUCUUCAAGGGCAACAAGGUCCAGAUCAUUCGUUUUCACACCUUUGAUAUGUCAGGAAGGCUACCAGACGGUACAGCGGGGGGCGACAAGGAUGGCAUAUGGUGCACAAUAGCCGAUCGGCGGCACGAUGUCCUUGCAAGAAUCGCCCGGGAAGCCGUCGAGUGGUUCGAAGCUACAAAUGACGGAAAGCCCUUUACUUCCAUCAAGGGCUCCAUCAUUGUGGCAAAGUCGCUUCGGCCCUCGAUCACACUCCGCCUUGCAGAUGGCCGGCCUCACUUGCUCGUCGAAGUCUCAGCAUUCCAGCUCCUGGGCUCCAUUGGCGAAGUAAGCUUUUGGGAGACGACGAGCCUCGAGGCAGAGUUAGGCCUCCUACCCGGCGCUCCUGCUACUAGCACUGCUGCUGCUGUUGCCGCUGCUGUGUCCAACGGGCAAGGAGAAAGUGACGAAGAGGCGAAAUCGAGAAGGAGGUUGAAGAGGUGGUUUGUCAAGGGCGUCAAGGCGAUUCGGGCCAGAGAAGAGGAGAGGCAGGCAAGGUACGAGAGAAGGAAGAGACAGAACGAGCAGAAAAUACGGCAGAGGGAGAAUGGGACCUCCAUUGAAGCCCCCUCUUCAGCCAGAGCAUCUCCUCGGCCGCUCCCUGUGCCGUCAGGAAUUGCGGCUAGCACUUUGGCCUCGUCUUCCUCGACAGAGUCUCCUCAGUCAUCUGCUCCGCUUUCCUCCAUCGCUGCUACGGUGAACAGGGACGAAGCACCCCCGCCCGCACAAGCCAUGCGAACACACUCUCCCUUACCCAGUGCUCCCACAGCGUCCGAAGUCCCCAUACCUCCGACAUUGACAGCAAGCACAGUGGCGGCAGACUCUAAACACUCGAAGCUUGCAUUCGAGAAAGCAGCAGCAGCAGAUGAUCCAUGGGCGGAUUUCGACUUGGAAAAGGAGGCGCAGCAGCUCGACCUCGUUCCGCUCGGUGCGAUUCAGAGGGACGAUGGUGCCCAAAUACCAGCGUCGAUCGGCUCGUCUAUGGAUCUUCCAGGCUCAUCGUCCGGGUGUUUGGAGGAUCGAAAUGCGAGAGAAGAAGAGCGAGGCAGGAAUGCAACCUCAAUUUCGCUCCAAGAAGAGUCAUACAACGAGACCAUCCCAGCCACGCUUCCCGACGCCGUCACUGCUUCUGGUGUAUUGCCUGAAAGGGACAGCACCAAGGAAGUGCAAGGCUCUGUCUCAGCAACUUCGGCAACUUCAGUGGGCGCGAAGAGGGCAGUCAAGGUCGAGACGACCAUCCCUGGUGCUUCAACAAUGCCCGACCUGAUCUUGAGCGGCCAAUCGAUCCCAUUCCUUCUAAACGGUGAGCGAGAAGACGAGCGCGCCCACACCCAAUCCUCCGGAAAUCAAGGUGUUGAGAAGGAAGAGGAAGAGGAGAUUCUCGGUAGUGAGAACGGGAAACAGCGGUCUAUACACAACACUCCAACGACUGGCGCAGAGAAAGAUCCAAUGCUCGAGAGUGUGUUCGAAGCUACAUCGGCCCCAACAUCAUCAGCACCUAGCAGCUCGCAACAGAGCGACAUUCCCAUUAAAGAAUACAAGACGGUAGUCAACGCAGUCCGCCUUCCUAACAUACACCAGCAGCAGCAGCAAACAAGGGAGGGAAAGAGGACAGAGGUCCUUGACGAAAGCGGCCAAAGUCAGUCUAGACCGAUCGAGCUCAAGACUACGGCCGAAGUCUCGAAUGGUAUUCAAAAAGAAGAGCAACUUUCCCCUUCGCCGCACCUUCCGCAGAAACGCUUGCAGUUCGAAGAAAGCAAGGACUCUUCUUCGAGUCCAAGGAAAGUGACCAAAUCUGCGACUCCGGACGGCAGCAGCCGAAGCAACAGCGUUGUCGAGGAUAAGAAAAGCAGCGGCAACAAAGAACUGCUCAGAAAGCUUCUCGAGAGUAAACGCAAGCAGAGGGAAGAGAACAUCCAAGAGGCACAGAGGCGGUACGAGGAAAGCCAUAGCAAGAUCAUUUACUGAUAUUGAAUGUUGAUGGGUAUCUCUUGGGGUCAUUUUAAGGAUGCGUGCGCUU